CUGACUUCAACAAGAACAAUUUUCACGAUAGCGUUUUUAUUGUUGUUAUUUAGACGUUUAUAAACACACUGGAACUUAAAAUAUGACUAAUUUAACUGCACAGCAUCACACACUUACCACAUGUAGUGUUUAAUUCGCGUUGGAGACAGGAUUUGGUUGAUAGAUUAAAAAAUAUAUAUAAAAAAUAUAUGUUUUCUAGGUAACGCUAGCUGCUAACGUUAGCUAACAAUGGCUAACUGUAUGGUUUUUCACACUCAAAUUGCCUCCAUUAUGGAGGUGCUAGCGAAUGCAGCUGUGGCAGAGAUAUGUAAACUCGUAGAUGACGACUAUGCAGUGUUUCGUUUGGAAAUAACUCAAAGCCAGAAAGAAAACAUGGUAUUGCGGAGGAAACUACUGGAACUGAAGGUGGCACGGGAGCGCGCAGAGAGGACAGUGCGAGAGCGCGUUCUCGCCAGUCGUCCAAGUAUCAAGAUCCUCGACCGAUACAGAGGAAUGGCAAGAGGUGAAGGACAUCACACUGGAGGCAACAGGAGCUUUGUGAAGCCAGCGGGACACAACACAUGGAGAGAUGACCAACCAAUCACUGUUGAUGAGAGAAGUGGAACCUCAACCCAGAACGUUAUCGUGAUAGAGUCUGCAGAUCCAGAGGCUGUAGGUCCUGGGGUCAAACAGGAGAGGUCUGGAGGAGAGGAACCCCCACGACACAGCAGAGACGUACAGAGUGGAGCAGCGUCUGGAGCGCCCUCUGUAGCAACGGAGGACACCAUCACCACCCCAGCGCAGCCCAGGACCCGACACAGCAUCACGGAGGUCAGUGGAACGCAGAACGCCGUCCUCAAGUCAGAGACCGACACAGAGACUCUAACUGUAACACACAGGUUCUUACACACAGGAUCUGAACACAGAUCAGACCCAGAGAGACUAGGGCUACUGGGCUGUCCUCCUGCUCCCGGCUCAGAAUAUUUACCGGUAUUUCACCAGAGCCAGAGGACGGUUAAUUCCCGUGGGGAUGUUGAUGGUGACGCAUUAGACACUGGCAGUGAUGAUCCGUCUUGUUCUUACACUACAGAGAUGGAUCCUGGCAAAAUGCCCUUGGGUUUAGAGACACAGACGGAUCUGUCUAGAGAGGACUGGAACCGGUACAGUAGUAGUGUAUACUCUAAACGGUGUCUAGAUAAGAAAGGGGAGGUUAUAGUGGUAGAUGAGGUGAAAGUGGAGGGCGAUGCUCCUCCCAUAUGGAAUACAGAUAGUCACCUAGGAGACGGACACUCACAGGGCAGAGAUUUCUUAAAUUACAGGGGAAGCUUAGAGACAAAUCUAAAUGUCACCACCCACUCCUCUUUAGAUGCGUUCAGGGGUCGUGACCCAGUGUUCACGUCGAUGGCACCUUCCGAUUCACACGGCCAGAUCCUUUUCGAUCAGGUAUUGAACUCAAACGACAGGGCUAGAGCCCAAAUUCAGGGAGAAGGAGCUACAUCAGGCAAUAGUAAAGAGAAACGAUUCCUCUGCAUGUUCUGUAACAAAGGCUUCAGCUGCCCCCAGAAGGUGGAGAGGCACCAGAGGGUCCACACAGGGGAGAAACCCUUCAGCUGUACCCAGUGUGAGAAGAGGUUCUCUCGCCAGGACAACCUAAAGAUGCACCAGAGGGUCCACACAGGGGAGAAACCAUUCAGCUGUACCCAGUGUCACAUGCGCUUCGCCCUGGCUGGCAACCUGAAGAUGCACCUGAAGGUCCACACGGGAGAACGGCCGUUCGCCUGUACGCACUGCGGGAAGAGGUUCUCUGAGAGGAGAUACCUCAGGAUACACCAGCAGAAAAACCAUGCCACUCUAUGAUAUAGAAAGUAACCGUUCCAUUCGAUAGAUUGACGUUUAGAUCAAACCCUGCAAUAAAGACAAAGAUUAAUGAAUUGCCAGCAGAAAAGAUCCACCGAUUACUUUUGACUUACCAUAGCUGACUCUUAUUUACCCACAACAUAAUUUAUGUCCAACAUGAUGGGUUUAGCAACAAUUAAGUUAUUCAGUAACUACAGAAUAGGACUCAAACGAUGUGGGGAUAGGUAAGCUCUCCAUGUUGAUAGUGUGUUUAUUACCUGGGUGUGCAUCUAUGUCUGUGUAAUCUGUAUCACCUCUCUCUUCCAAGAGGAGGGUCCAGAGAAAUAAUUAAUAUAUUACACUAGAUGACUGAUAAGGGGUGCUGUUUUGAAACCGCGCCUUCAUUUGGCACUCCCCCACCCUUGUAAAAGAUAUUUGGGAAGCUACCCAAAUGCAUUUAUUAAUGUCUAUAUUUGUUUUUGCCCUGUUUAUUAUUACAGACACCUUAUUGCAUACUUUGAAAUUAUAUUAUGUGAGUUAAACAAACAUUUAAAAAGGAAAAUUAAAAACAUUUUCCUUAAGUAUUAUUAUUUUUAAAGGUUCUAAUAUUUCUGUCCUUACUACAACAACAAAAAAUACUUGAAGCUGCGACCCAACCAAAUUCACAUAGAAAUGUGAGUUAUAGAUCUGUCAUUCUCAUUGAAAUCAAGUCUAAGAAGCAAUAGUUUUUGCGUAUUUUACUUAGUUUCUUACACCAGCUUCAAACAACUGACAAUACAAUAAGUUUGGUUUUGGAAAAUAUAUUUCACAGCAGUUUAGAUGGUAGAAUGAUUCUCUACACUAUACUUACUUGUUUUAUCACAAACUGAAAUUAGGUGAACUAUUAGAAAUUUAAAAAACACGAAAUGGCGGAGCGAUUUCUGCAAAGUACAGCUUUAAAUACAUGUAAUUGUGACAGGUUAAAGGACAUAUUCAUAGCCUGUUAUACAUUGAA